CGACUGGAAUAUGACAUCAUCAAACAUAUAACAGCCCGAAAGCUACAGUGAAAGUGUCAAUGGCUCGUGAUUUUGCGUGUCGAUGCUGCGGUCGUUUGGCGCUAAAUGAAUCGCGGUAAACAGCUCGUGUGUGUUUUUAAUUUCGCCUGAGCCCAGUUCGUUCCUACGCAGUGACCUUUCGCAGAUCGCAUGCAGAAUAUCGCGUAGGAGUCGCUGCGUGCGCGGUGAAGAUUUGCUUUCUGUCUGUUUUCCUUCAUCGCUAAAUGGAGUCACCGGUCGGGUUCGGUCGGGAGGAGAUCAACAACACGAUAUGGGAAGUUCCGGACAAGUAUGUGUGUUUAAAGCAGAUCGGAACCGGGGCGUACGGCAGUGUGUGUUCAGCCAUCAAAAACAAAACCAAAGAGAUGGUGGCCAUCAAAAAGUUGCACCGGCCCUUUCAGUCAGAGAUCUUUGCGAAGAGAGCCUAUCGUGAACUGAGGCUCCUUAAGCACAUGAAACACGAAAAUGUGAUAGGCCUGCUAGACGUCUUCACUCCUGCCACCAGACUGGAAGACUUCCAAGACUUCUACUUGGUGAUGCCGUACAUGUUCACAGAUCUCUCUAAAGUGAAAGGCCUUCUCUCAGAAGAUCGUGUGCAGUUCCUGGUCUAUCAGAUGCUGUGCGGACUAAAGUACAUUCAUGGUGCUGGCAUCAUUCACAGAGACCUCAAACCAGGAAAUCUGGCAGUUAACCAGGAUUGUGAGCUGAAGAUCCUGGAUUUUGGCCUGGCACGUCACACGGAAGCAGAGAUGACGGGUUAUGUCGUGACGCGGUGGUAUCGAGCCCCUGAGGUCAUUCUAAACUGGAUGCAUUACACGCAGACAGUGGAUAUCUGGUCGGUUGGGUGCAUCAUGGGUGAAAUGUUCAAUGGAAAAACACUCUUUAAAGGAAAAGACUACAUGGAUCAGUUGACUCAGAUAAUGAAAGUUACUGGGACACCUGGUCAAGAAUUUAUUGGCAAACUAGAAAGUCAAGAGGCAAAGAGCUACGUCAGCUCACUGCCCGUCUACCCACGCAAGGACUUCUCUGCGUUGUUUCCAAGAGCCAGUAAAAAAGCGGUAGACCUGCUUGAGAAGAUGCUGGUGUUAGAUGCAGGAGCCCGUCUCACUGCUGAUGGUGCAUUGGCACACAGUUAUUUUGAUGGCCUGAGGGACCCAGACGACUGGCCAGAGCCGACGCCAUAUGACGACAGCUACGACAACGCCACAUUGCCCUUAGAAGAAUGGAAACGUUUAUCAUUUAAAGAAGUCAGAAGUUUUGUUCCGUUCCCAAGAAGAGAUUCAAAGAGAAGAAACACGCUUACAAUGACAUAGUGAGGCUUUGACUAGUGUUAAUGAAAUACUGUAUUACAAUCAUACAUUUUAGGCCUUCAAUCUCUACUAUGGAUUGUGUGUUUACUCCUUACUGUAUACGAAUUUGAGUAUUUUGUAAAACACCUGACUGCUUGAGGAGUAUGUGGUACUUCUAGGCCACUGGGAGGGGGGUAUGGAUGGGUAAUAUUUUUUUAUAUAUAGUGGUAACUGUCCUUCCUUUAUUCCUAAUGUUGUUUAGCACCUUGCAGGGAUAGUUCACCCAAAAUGAAAUUCUGUCAUUAUUCUCUCACCCUUAUUGCUUGAUAUGACUUGGGUGCUAUAGUCCUACAUAAAGUAUAUUAAAUCUUCUGAGCCCAUGUGAUAUAGGAUGAUAUACUUUAUAAAGUAAAAACAUUGACUUUGUGGUUACUUUACAAACAAAGCAGAACAUAACAAUGGAUGUUUGAUAAGUACCAAAUGUACCAUGCACUGUUAUAUUGGGCCUGCUUUGUGAAAAGUGCAUCUGGCCUCGUACACACUGCAGCUAAAUUCGGUUGUCACUUCACUUUUUAAUACGUAAUCCUGUUCUCAUUUACGCAAUUGACAAUCACACUCUUUUACCAAAUUAAUGCUUUACCCCAAAGACCAAAAUAUUGGGACCAGCACGUUCCCACUUUAAUAACAACAAAAACUUGAUCGUUUCAUUGUUCAUGGAACGGUUAAGCGCCGCACAUUAUGUAAGCCCAAAAAAGACGUGAACAUGGCAACACUGCAAGACAGCGCACUGUGAAGUAACCUCACACUACAACACACAAUGCAAAGGCAGAGGGUUUAUUAAAAUUGUUGAACAUAAAGCUGUAUUAUUAUUUUGGUUAAAGCAGUGAAUGGGUAUGUUGCUGUGGUUACCUCUGUGUCAAUCAUUGCAUUUUCGGGACUGAGUCUUGUUCUGUACAGACAUGGAAAGAUGAGACUGGAUUCAAUCCCACAUUUAAAUACAUUGUCGCUCCCGAAACUUUGAAGUGUGUACGGGGCAAAUGAUAACUCGGGUGUGCCUGUGAAUAGUCAUUGGCAUUUAAAAAUUAAAUCACAAAAUCAGACUGUAUCUUUUAUUAAUAACAACACGGUAAAUGUAAACAAAAGAAAAUGUAAAUACGUGUCCAAGUAGUGGAUUAAGGUUUUGCUGCCUAAUAAAACUGCUGCCUAUAAUGUUAAGAUUUAUUGAACAAAAACAAAGAAAACCACACUUGAUCAAACCCUCAUAGCUUAAAAAAAAUCAUUUUUGAAACAAACACAUUUCAGCCUACAGUUACUGUUAUUUAUCACUUUCUGUGGGCUGGGUUUUGGUGAAAAUGAGUGGGCAAUGACCACACCACACGGGCCAGUAAACCAAAAGUCAAGCCCCAACAUGACACACUUUUCAGUUUAACCUUUCAUUUGUGACCCAGUCUGAAAACCCAGCCAAGUAUUUUGUUUGUGAUUUACUGUUUUCUACUUCAACAUCAAUUCUGUGAAAAAUACUCUUGAUAUCUUUAAUAUUGACUGAGUAACAUCAUGUGAAAGAUUGAAAUCAAACUUUAUAUUCCUAGUAAUGAGAUUUUAGCCAGGAUUUGAAGGUUACAAAUGGCACAAACCAUAUACAAUCCUUUUUCUGUACUUUUCCGAUCUUCAUCAUCCACGUUCAUAUGGGAAAGAUUAUGAUAUAUUUUUUUUAAGUGGGUGAACUAUCCCCCAAAAUACUACAAGGAAAUGAACUGCUCUACAAAAGAGAGCUUCAUAUAAGGGUCAGUGACAAAACAAGCUCCUAAAAAAUGUUUUAAAAAUGAAUGUAUUGAAUAUUUUUGAGUCAGGAACAAUGUGUUUAAAAUGUUUUGUUUAUUAAAUAACAUUUCAGUACAUUUUAUUAUUUUUCCAUAAUAUUUGUAAUAUCCACAUUCAAAUAAAUGUCAGGUGGUACAACCAAUCAUCUGUCUUUUUGCCAGAAAAGUUUUGAAGUGCUCCCUGUUUCAUGCUGAUUUGUUUGAUAGUGGCAUUUAAAAUUAUAACAUUUGAAAACUAUACAUUUAAGAACCAUCAUUUUUGUGUAAAAACAAUUAUGGACAACCUUAGCUUGCAUUUUUUUAAACUAAAAGUAUUAGCUAAAUUACAAUUAUUUAGCUUAAUGUUUUUUUAUUAUUAUUAUAUGAGCAUAUAGCAGUUGAACUCUUUGAAUUUACAAUGAAUUCACAUUUAACAGACUUCUACUUGGAUGCUGUAUAAGGUUUCGCCCGUGAUAUCAAAUUCAUAAAUAUACUUUAAAAUACAAUUAAUACGUGUUUGAUUAAAUAUAAUUUUUUCUAGGUUUACAUUGGUUGUACCACUUGACACAGAAAGUGUAAUUAGUUAUUUUUUCAGUUUUUGAGAGACUUUUCAUUCAUCCAUAAAGAGCACCUGGGGUUCACUGUUUGAUGUGAUGAUAUGUUUACUGUUUAUACUUAUUCACUUCUAAAUAAAAGGCCCAUGAUUGCGGUUGUACUACCUUGACACAAAUUGUUGGGCAAAAGUUUGUCAGUAAUCCCAACAACUAUUUGUGAAAUUUGUUUUCUAAAGGUUGCAAACAUAAAAUGAUUCCAAAGUA